UCCGCUGCAAAGUGUGACAACUUCCGUGUUGACCCACGUUUCUCAAAGGAGAUACGGCCAUUCGACUAAAGUUGCGUUUAAUAAAUAUCGAAAAUGAGGCCACUAACAGACGAAGAGACAAAAACGAUGUUUGAGAAGCUGUCAAAAUACAUUGGUGAGAACAUAAAACUUCUAGUGGACCGGCCUGACGGCACCUACUGCUUCAGGCUACACAAUGACCGUGUGUACUACAUGAGUGAGAAAAUUCUGAAGCUGGCCACAAACAUAUCCCGGGACAAGCUCGUGUCAGUGGGAACAUGUUUUGGAAAGUUCACAAAGACCAUUAAAUUCCGCCUGCACAUCACAGCUCUGGAUUUCCUGGCGCCCUAUGCAAAGUACAAGGUGUGGGUGAAACCUGGAGCAGAGCAGUCUUUCCUUUACGGGAACCAUGUGCUAAAGUCUGGGCUUGGAAGAAUCACAGAGAACACUGCGCAGUACCAGGGAGUUGUAGUCUACUCCAUGGCGGAUGUCCCCCUGGGUUUUGGAGUGGCAGCCAAGUCCACCCAGGAGUGUCGGCGAGUGGACCCCAUGUCCAUUGUCGUGUUCCACCAGGCCGACGUAGGAGAGUUCAUCAGGAAUGAAGACACUUUAACAUAAAGAUGCUCAACAGCUGGACUGUCAAAUUCCCCUCUUCUUAACCCAUUUCAUCCUCAGAGACACUCACUAAAAUUCCCACCAUGAACAGCUGUUUUCUUUGAACAGAAGGGGCUGGAUCUGAGGGCGUCUUAACAGCAGUUGUUACAAAUGGUCCAUAAUUCCAGUGCAGUCGAGGGACUGAAACAGACCCACUCCUCUUUUGAUACUACUAAUCUGCCAUCUACAGGAUUCCCUAGUCACAGAGCCUCCUGAUCAGAGUGAAGGGAGCGCCGUUCUGUGUUUCUUUUUUCCUUUUGUAAAUGUCAUCUAUCAAAUAAAUCCAUACUGUCUUUGUAUUUG